UAUCGUCCCACAGGGCAUCGGCCUAGCUCCCCAGCUGCCAGCAUGAUGAAGGACUGCCUGCAGUUCCUUAUCGAGCCGGCCAAAAAGCUCAAGACCCGACUCAAGGAGUCCCGUAAGCGGGUCAAACUUGAGAAGAAGGACCUGCCGGUGGAAAGUCAGUUGUUUAUCAUGGAAUUGGCUCGGGAGCUCAAUAGAAUUUGCCAGAGGUCAAACAUCCUCAGCCACAUCUGGACCAGUGAGGACAUCUGGCAGCCCAGUGUGUGUCGCGAUUUUAUCGUGGAGUGGGCCGCUGUUUUAGAAAAGAGAGUGCAGCCGAGGGUCAUACUGUCGGACUACCAGUGUGAAAAGCCCGAGAAGAAAGACUGGAAGGGUCACCUCCUCUGCAUGCUGGAGGCCGGAGGGGAGUGCGACAUGGGGCCCCACAAACGAGUCAUCAUGGACUGGACACGGGGGAUUAAAAGCAGGCCUCAGCCCACCGUCUGGCCAGGCGAGCCGGUGCUCAUGAUGCUCGACGACCUGGAGUUCCAGUGGAAGAGGGGUCGUCUCCCCAACCUGCUCCCCGCCAUGGAGCUGGUCAUGCUGUCCGUGCUGAACGCUGACAGCCCGGUGAAGGAGGAUGUGACUAAGCAGUGGCUGGUGAGAAAGCAGAGGAGCCAGAGUACUGACGCCGUCCGCUACAUCCCCCACAGCGUGUGGAAUUGGAUUUGCGAUGCAGCAGAGGACGUCACUCUGGACUCGGACUCCGCCAACCCAGACCUCAUCAUCUCCUCGGAUGAGAAACGCAUGCGCUGCGGCCUGGAGCGCCGCGACGCCCCGCGGUGCCGGCGGCGCUUCGACGGCUGGUGGUGCGCCACGGGCCAGGAGGGCUACACCUCCGGACGCCACUACUGGGAGGUGGAUGUGGGCGAGCGGGACUGGCGGCUGGGAGUCGCCAAGGCGUCCGCCGUGAGGCAGGGCUUCCGCUCGCUCAACACACUGACGGGCUACCUGACCCUGCGGCUGGAGAGGGGCUCGGAUCUGAAAGCGCUGACGGUGCCCGCCACCCCGCUGCCGCAGAGCUCGCUGCCCAGGAAAGUCGGGGUGUACCUGGACUACGAGCAGGGCCAGCUGUCCUUCUACGACGCGGAGAAGCGCCAGCACCUGUACACCUUCAACGAGAAGUUCGCAGAGGAACUGUACCCGGUGUUCGGGACCGUGGAGGUGGUGAACGACCUGGUUGUCAGGCCUGCAGAUGUCCGACAGCCGUGCCUCUGCCCCGGGCCCUGCCUCUGGAACUGA